UCCGCCCGGGCCGCCCCCGAGCCGCCGCGGCGCGCGUGGGAGGAAGGGGCCGCGCUCCGGAGCACCGUCCUCGCGGCGGGCGGCGAGCGCCCCGAAGCCGGGGCCCUGCGACCCCCGCCCCUUUCCCGGCGCCAUGGCAGUCCCAGGUUGCAACAAAGACAGUGUUCGAGCAGGCUGUAAAAAGUGUGGCUACCCUGGUCACCUGACUUUUGAAUGCCGCAAUUUUCUCCGAGUAGACCCUAAAAGGGACAUUGUUUUGGAUGUCAGUAGCACCAGCAGUGAAGAAAGUGAUGAAGAAAAUGAAGAACUGAAUAAAUUGCAAGCCUUACAAGAAAAAAGAAUAAAUGAAGAAGAAGAGAAGAAAAAAGUAAAAAGCAAAGAAAAAAUCAAGUUGAAAAAGAAAAGAAAAAGGUCUUAUUCAUCCAGUUCCAUUGAAGAGGAAACUUCAAAACAAAAGAAACAAAAAUAUCAGAAGAAAGAAAAGAAGAAAGAAAAAAAGAAUAAGUCAAAAAAGGGAAAACAUCACAAAAAGGACAAAAAGAAAAGAAAAAAGGAAAGGCAUUCUCCCAACCCUAAUAGUUCUGAAAUUUCAAAAAAGUAACUAAGACUUUGGCCUGUGCCAUUCAACUUAAAAUUUUGGUUUUGAAAAAUUUUUGACCUCCCUUGGAAUUUGCUAUACAAUUACGCUUGGCAUAAAUCACAGUCUUUCCAUAUAGAUAUUUUUUCAUAAAUGGGACCUUUACCUUCAACAGUAUAUUUUUCAUGUGCUGUGAUCAUAAGCAUUUAAUCAGUCUUCUUCGUAAGAUUUAGCCAUGUCCUAAAUUUAGAUAUUUUGCAUACAAAACACAUUAAUUUGUGUAUUCGCAUCUCUAUGUUUUGACUACUGCUGUUACUUCAUAAGUUGAUUAUAAAUAGCUUCACCACAGUCAGUGCAGGUGCUCUCCCUAACAGUAAUUGUAAGUAAGUAUUGACAAGUCGAGUGUCCACCUUUCAGUGAAAAAGCCAGAUAGGAGAUGAUGCUUUGCUCAACACUGAAAAAUUCAGUAGCUUUAUAUUCUAUAAUAAUGCAUAAAAAUAGUGAAGUUCUUCACUGUUGUUUUUAAAUCAUUCAGCUGUUUUCGAAUGUCAUAGAAGACAAGCUGAUUUACUGUUGCCAGCAGGAAAAAGAUGAAAAUUUAUGGCAAAGUUGCACUGUUUUAUGAAAUGCAUUUUGUGUACCUGCCUCCUUUGUUUUUGUGACAACUAAAAUGUUCCUCCUUGUUUCAAAAUAAUAAUAAGUUUAGCUUAGCCUGUUAGUGAGUCUCACAGAGAUGAUGCUGUGUUAGGCAUGAUUUUUAGGAUAGACUCCUGGGUUUUAAAAAUGUGCCACAUUGGCAUUUCUUAAAGUGAUACCUCAAAAACAAAAGUUUUUAUUUUAGGGGAAUAACAGCGACAUCUUCAUUAGAAGUAAUUUUUAUCGUAUUGAGUAUGUAAAUUUUAUGAAGCUUGUUUGUAUGAGUAAUUGGGAAAUUUUUAUAAAUGUGAACAUAUAUAUUUAUUUGACUGAAAUAAUUCUUAGUUUUGAAGCUGGUUUCACAAUGAGUUUAAACUUUCAUAAAUGAUCAGUUCGGGGUGUUUCUUUUACUUCAGGCGUAAACCUUAGGAGCAGUGACAAAAUUUAGGAUAGGGAAUUUUAUUCUCUGCUUUUAGAAAAUUAAGAGCUACAGGGGAGUUGCAUCAUGAAAGCCUUUGUAUAAUGUAUAAUAAUGGAAAUUUUAUAUGAGUAAGCAUUUUCAAACACAUAUUAGUGGAUAUCAGUAUUUCAAUAUUUCUUAUGUUUUUAAUUUCACAGUUAUCAAUGUUAACUUACUUUGCUUAGUACUUGAAUAUCCCUUAUGCCCAGUAUAUUAGAUACUUAAUGGUAGCAGCAUAAGACUUCAACCGGUUAUCAUGGCUCAGCACCAAAGAUUACAAGUACCUCACUGUGGUGCAGUUAUAAAUUUUCAAAAUGGUAACUAACCUAGAUGUGACUACAGGAAGCUUCAUUAUGAUGAAAGCAAGUAAGUUCAUAUAUACUCAGAAGCUGGAAAGGUGUCCUGAUUCUUCCUUCACCUAUACCCCAACCUAAUGUGUCCUCAGUAAGACUGGGAGAGUAUUAUCGCUCCUCUUAAGAUAUACUUACCACUCUCAGAUUCUAGGGAAACUACCCAAAAA